GGAGCCACCCACGCAGCAGAGCCUGGAGCAGGAAGGCCUCAGAGGAGGCACAGUCUGGGCUCCAAGGUCCCCAGGACCCACCUCGCCCACAGCCGGCCAAGACGGCCAGGUGAAGAGCGCCUGAGGCAGAGACACCUGGAGCCAGGUCGCGACUGGGAAGUUUCAGGACCAGCUCUAUGGAACUCCACUUCAGAUCAGGACCAGCAAUGGCCCACUGCUCUACCUAACGCCGAUCCCCCCACUCUGGGCCCCACCAUCCCCUGCCCCAUCUCCCAUCUCCAGGCCUUUGCACAGCAGCACACCGGGCUUGGACCGCUCUCCCUGCUCACCCCUACCUCCAAGGAUCCCUGGCUUCCUUCAAAGCCCAGCCCCCUAUGUGAAUUCCUGGCCCUAGAGGCCAUGUCCUUGUGUCCUCAGUGCCUGGGACACAAGGAUGGGGAACGGAUCUGUGAGUUCCCUGACAGAGCAUCACCCCUGGGCCCCACCCCCAACUCCCUGUACCAACGCCCUUGAGAGUUCUGUGGACCACUGAGAAGUUCAGGUGAAGGACUUGUCCAGGUCAUAUGGCCAGCCUCCGUCAGAGGUGGGAUGGAAACCCAGGCCCUCCCGGCCUUAAAGCUGGCUCUUAGGCCAUGCUGCCCCUCCAAGAAGGGCCUAACAAAUGCUCCACUCAUUUCUUCCCUCCCAUCAUGUGCUGACAGCUUCCCCCAAGCCUCCUGUUCCCCAUUUCCUUCAGGCAGCCUCAGCAUGGCAUAGCUGUCUGUCCCCUCCUCGUCAAGGUCAACCUGCUCUGGCCAGGCUCCUGCCUGCCAAGGCCUUUCCUGGCUGCAGUGCUGAGCAUGGAAUGCAGACUCUAGGUCUGGCCCAGGAAGCAAUCCACCCCGAGAGGAGCCCUGGUGUCCUGCUUUGACAACCCACAAAUCAGCCAACAGUUCCUGUACUUGGAUGGACCUUGACUCCCCAGUCGUCACCAAGGAAACUGAGGCUCCGUGCGAUGAGACUCACACUGGCCUGUGGUCAUGCACUUAGUGUGCAUCUGAGCUGGUCUUCCCUACGUCCCAUGGCCUGCCUGGCCCGCAUCGGCAUGCUGAACUAGGGCAGGGCAUCUGGGGUUUGGCAGAAGCACCGUCUCCAGGAAGCCCUUUGAAAAUACACCCCAAUGACUCUCAGGGACAGCAGGCCUCCUACUGCGCAGUCCCAGCACUCUGGAAAGCCAUCUGGAAGUAUGCAACGGACAGGGGUUAGCUGUCCAUACCCUGGGGCCUAGAGAUCCCAGGGCAGACAUCAGAGGGGCCUCUCAGACACAGAACAUUCAGGGCACCAAAAGGAGAUACCCCUGGACUGGAGAAUGGGCAAGUGGGCUCCAAGCCAUGAAGAGAAUGGAGUAUCACUGCACUGCGAGAAACCAAGCCGAGGCAGAAUUCCGACAAGCUCCAGAAGAAUUCUCCUAACUGAUGCAGCCUGAGGGGGGAGAACAGGGAAAAACUGAUACACACAGUGAGGACCACAAUGAACUGCCCUUCCCUGCAUGGGGAUGAAAUACCGAACAGCCCCUCAGAGACGGUGGUGCCCGCCCCUUCCACAUUCCUGAGCUCAUAUACCUGCAGCCUUCCGGGCCUGUCACCAGAGGGGCCGGGCCAGGGCUACAGUGGGUAAGCUCAGGGACUCCCACCUCCUCCAGAGAGCACACAGGCACCCACUGGCCCUGCAGCCUCCCAGCCCGAGGCAGAGAGGAUCGAGGGGAGGUCCCGAGGGGCAGGUAGCGGGAAAGGCCCAAGAAGAAGAAGACUGUCCAUCGGCCACACCUUCCCAGAGAGAUGCCUGCCGAGCCAGACAGGGCCUUUUGAAGGACGGGCCUCUGGGACCAACACCAGGGCAGGCGGCAUGCAAAGGGACAGCGAGCCCCAGCCCUCGGACCCAGCUGUCCCCACCAUCAAGGUGGUCCUCGUGGGCGACGGGGGGUGCGGCAAGACGUCUCUGCUGAUGGUCUUCGCCAAGGGAAGGUUCCCCGAGACCUAUGUACCCACUGUCUUUGAGCGGUAUUCCAUGGCCUUGCAGCUUGACGGUAAACCUGUGAAUCUCUACCUCUGGGACACAGCAGGACAGGAAGACUACGACCGCCUCCGUCCACUGUCCUACGCUGAUGCGCAGGUGGUGCUCAUGUGCUAUGAUGUCAUGAGCCCCAACAGCUUUGACAACAUCCUUUCCAAGUGGUAUCCAGAGGUGACACACUUCUGCCCAGGGGUACCUAUCAUCCUGGUGGGCUGUAAGACUGAUCUGCGCAAGGACAAGGUGCUGCUGAAAAAACUACGGCAGAGCCGCCAGGAACCCAUCACCUACCAGAAGGGCCAGACGAUGGCAAGGUCGGUGCGGGCAGUCACUUACAUGGAGUGCUCCGCCUGGCUCCAGGACAACAUCCCCUCUAUUUUCCACGAGGCAGCAGUGGCCGCCCUCAGCAGUCGCAAGCGUCGCCGAAGGCAAAGAGGGGCUUGGAAAGGUUGCCUGGUGACCUGAAGGCUGAGGCCGUGUCUUCUGUCCCCCACGGCCAGCGGGGAGAUCCAGCCAGAAGGCGGACCCCUCCUCCGAACCCCCUGAGGAGCAGCGGCAGGGGCCGAGUGGGCUAGGCCUUAGCCUCUGGCCCCAGGGCUGAGCCCUUCCACGUACUAAAAGGUGGCCUGUGAGAGCCCGCUGGGACCUGGGUGGGGCGAAGCUCACAGAGGCCUCCCACAAAGCUGGGCCGCCACCUGGCCUAACGGCACUUCCUCUGGACUUGAGCAGAACGUACCCCGUCAUGACUGGACCUGAUCUCAGCACCUCACUGCCCUGGAAGCCAGGCAGGAGACGCACCCACCCUGCCCUCCAAAGGAAAAAUAAUAAUUAUUACCAAAACAA